UGAUCGAGAUCAAGGUCACAUACUAGUCAAAGAGCUCAUCCAUGAGAUCUAUCACUAUCAAUACGCCAAUCGAUGUAUGCCAAAGAAAGGUAACCACGUUGAACCCUGUAAAGAGGAGAGGCGUUACAUGGAACCCCCACAUCUUCCAGCGGAGCCCAAGCCGACUAACGCACCAUCAAGGCCAAAGUGCUUCAGAGUAAAGGAUGUUCCGAAGGAUUGGGAUAUAGAAAAUCUUCGUCGCGCCCUCGAAACCCUUGAUCCCGCCCUCCGCGACCAGGAAUACAGGCUUUCGCUCUAUCCUGCGUGUUAUGGUACAAGUCAAGUCGGUAUAUUGAAUAUACCCAACUGUACAAGCUACUUCAGCCAAAUUGUUCCGUAUAAGCCGUUCCUCCGUACUGUGCUAAAUGGGGAUUUGACCAUCGAUUGUGAUUUUGACGGGUUUACCCCCUUCAAUAAUCCAAAUGAAAUUUACGCGGAAAGUCGCGACAGCGGCCGAAUGUGGCUACAAGAUUUCCUACCAAGCGAUCUACCUGGUGUCCGGAUCAUGUCAUUUGGCUAUGAUAGCAAGAUUGAAGCCAAGCAGACAGAUCGGAUGUUGGACUAUGCUCGGUCGUUUGCGAGUCAGCUUCAUAAUGUGAGGAGUUCCAAGGAGGCCCGCUCUCGACCUAUUAUCUUCCUGGGACAUUCUCUUGGGGGUACUCUGAUUCUCGAGAUCUUGGAAGAAGCACGAACGAUCAGGUCUCGAUAUUCAUCCCUUCUCGAUACAACCUUUGCUACAUUCUUCUUUGGUACUCCUCAUCGCGGUUUGCGCACAGAGGAGCUCGAGGCAAUGGCAAGAGACUUGAUAUCGGACGACAACCAAACCCUAGACCUUUUAAGGAUGCUGAAAUCCGGCUCCGACUUCCUAGCGAGACGACGAAGAUCGCUGGCGGACAUACUAGCAAAAAAGAAGGUGGUUAGCUUCUAUGAGACUCUGGAGAGUGAAGUAGUAAAGAAG